GAUGACAUCAAGAUUGAACACCAUCCAAACAGUGGCACCAAAACUACAGUUCACUCAUUUGAGACAUUCAUGCAUUGUCCAGCUCCCUCUUUGGUCCCACCUGAUAGAUGGCCUUGGUAUCCAUUCCAAUCUAGGUUCAAAUUCAAAGUUGCUGAGAUCGCACUCAAGGCUGUGCUAAACAAUGAGCAGACUGAUCAGCUCAUCAAGAUCUGUCAACAAUGCGCUAUAGGGAAGGAUAAGUUUACAUUUUUGAACCAUAAAGAUAUUCAUAACAAGUGGGAAGCAGCAUCUCACCACAUUACAAAGUUCACCAAAGAAGUGAUUUCAGUACCUUAUGAUGGCAAAUUGUGGGACUUUGAUGUGCACUACCAGGAUCUUUGGGAGCUCGCUACUGAUCCACUUGGGGACCCCAGCUUAUUUCCACACUUCACAUUUGAUGCACAACACUUGUCUAAGUUUGAUGGCAAAACAUUCAUCCACUUUGUAGACGAGCUGUUCACUGCGCAGGACUUCUGGGAUAUCCAAGUACGUAUUGAUACAUAG